AAAACGUAGCCGUAUCGAUGGACCUCAGACUUGAUAAAUUGUGGAUUAUUGAGGAAGUCAGUAUUCAGAAGAAUGGAUUUUGACUGUAACAGAGACCAUAAUGUUUUUGAUGAUACCUGAAAAUGCAUCUUAAACGAUUUUAUAACUUGAAAUCAUGCAUUUUGUUUUUUGUGGUCUUUUCCACUGUUUCGUGGAUUGUACUGGAACUUUACUUGCUGUCUAUAGUUCGAAAAAAUGAGAAAGGUGAUAUAUUUAAUCCAAACCUGUUUACUUCGAAACUUCCUCAACAUACAGGUCUUGGAAAGCUGGUGACCGUCGAAUCUGCUUUUGAAAAGUUAAAAAAGAUACACCAACAAAAGUUGAAACAGGCUGGCAUGAAAAUGCCUGUUUUUGAAAAGUUUAAUGAUUUUAGAAAUGGAACAGGCAAUAAGGUCUUGAAGGAUAGUUCUAUUUUGAAGAAGCUGAAACUAAUCCAUCAUCAAAAAAUGAACAAAGCUGGCUUCGUUAUUGAAGCCCAAGGCAACCUUCAGAAAUCCGUCACAGUUACUGAUCUACUGUUAGCGCUUCCACAGACUCUGGAGAUCAACUAUAACGUCCAUGUAUUUUAUUAUCCAUGGUAUGGCAACCCAGAAAAUGAUGGUCGGUACUUCCAUUGGAAUCACCAUUAUAUUCCACACUGGAAUAAGAUGGAGAGUAUUAAGUGGCCUUUGGGACUGCACAAGCCACCUGAAGAUAUUGGAGCGAACUAUUACCCUCUGCUUGGACUGUAUAGUUCUGGUGAUCCCAAGGUGGUUAAAGCUCAUAUGGCCCAGAUCCAGAGCACCGGAGCUGGUGUUGUUGUGGUUUCAUGGUAUCCGAGGAGUACAGCAGAUAAGGAGGGAAAGGAACCAGACAUGUUGAUGCCACUUAUUUUAGAUUCUGCUCAAGAUUAUAAUCUGAAGGUUGCUUUUCACAUCGAACCAUACAAGAACAGAAACCACAUUACAUUGAAGCAGGACUUGAAAUACAUCAUGGACAGUUAUGGAGAGCACCCGGCCUUUUACCGCAUGAUUCACAGAGGAAAAUAUCUUCCAGUUUAUUACAUUUAUGACUCUUAUCUUGUGUCCUCCUCCAACUGGUCCAAGAUUUUAAAACCUGGUGGUGGUGGUGAUAGUGUGAGAAACACAGACUUGGAUGGGAUCUUCAUUGGCCUGCUUGUUGAGCUGAAGCACAAAAGAGAUCUUACUAAUGCUGGCUUUGAUGGGUUCUACACAUACUUUGCAAACAAUGGCUUUACCUAUGGCAGUUCUUGGAAACAUUGGCACGACAUUGCACAUUUUGCUCGGACAAACAGACUUCUGUUUAUUCCCAGUGUUGGACCGGGAUAUCUGGACACCCGGAUACGACCAUGGAACAGAGAAAAUACCAAGCCGAGGGAUCAUGGUAUUUAUUACGAAGCAUCCUUCAAGUCUGCAAUGGAUGUGCAUCCACUAGUGAUAACUGUGACAUCAUUCAACGAAUGGCAUGAAGGAACACAGAUAGAACCGGCUAUUGCUAAGCGAACAGCUAAUUAUGUGUAUGACGAUUACCAACCAGAAGGUCCCUUGUUCUAUUUAAACCUGACUAGAAAAUGGGUUGACAGAUUUGCUCAUAUACAAGGAGUAUGACAUGAGUUUACUGUAUAAAAUGAAUGAUAUAAGUUGAAGAGUGAUUGGAAUAAUAUAUUUAAUGAACAAAUUUUGUAAAUCACAUCAACCAAAAGCAAUACAAUUCUCUAGAGCAG